UGAGUUCAUUCAUAAGAUGUGCGUACAUUUAUUAACAAGAUGGUGAGAACACGAAUUAACAAAAUACUUAUAAUUGGCUUGGAAUUUUCACUUUUAUGUUAUGCAAUGGAAACAGGAGUUACCGAAAAAGUAAUUCUCUGUGAUCAGGGUAAGGACCAGAUAAAACAUUUACAAUGUUCAGCAGGCACCACAGUCUUUCCGAACUUUUUUACUGUUGGAAGCACGUGUAAUUCAGGCAAUAACUAUGAAACCUGUCUGUCAAACGUAAAAAGAAACUUUCAAAUCGAUUGCUUUGAUAAAAACAAUUGUACGUUGUCCUCAAAGAUUUUAUCGGAAAACGAAUGUCAAGAAAAACCCAAGUAUCUCAAUGUAUUCUUUCAAUGUAAAUCUUGGGUGUGGCAUCACUUUGAUCAUCAACCUACUAAUGUCUACACUUGUGCAAAUCGUCUUCCAGAAAUACAAUGUCCAUUAUUGAAGCUGUAUUACGUUCACAUUAUACGUGUGCAAUUGAUAAAUGACGAUGAAUGUGAGACAAAAGAAACGGGUCCUGAUUGCGCAUCUAACCGUUUACGACAAUUAUGCGAUAAAAAAUGGCGAUGCGAGUCCGAUACAUCUCGGGAUCCAUGCUUGUUUAAUUACAGAUAUGCAAGUCUUUCGUACUGGUGUAAAGACCCUGCAGUUACGUUUGGUACGAUAAAGACACCAACGGAUAACCCUAGUUACUCUUCUUCAGAUAAUGAAAUUGAAAUUCAAACAUCUACGAUUAAAUAUAACGAUUUACCUGCAAUAUAUAUGGAUAACGAUGGCCGUGUUAUAUUUUUCGACCAAUCAAGCCAAACGGAAAACUACAUUUGUAGUACCGGAUGGGAUGAAGUAGCUGCAAGAGUUUUUUGUCAGUCUAUUAACCACACAUGGAUCGGGAAUGCUACCGUUGGUGAUAAAAAAAUAUCCGAUUACCUGAUCGUUCCUAUUUCCUUUAAUUGUUAUGGUAACGAGACAAAUUUGUUUAGUUGUAACUUAAUCUCGGGCGAAAAAACAUGUAUGACUUCAAAAGUAGCUGUGGCUAAAUGUUGCCAAGAUACAGGCGGACUCAAUGAAUGUGUAAUUACUUCAUCAAGCCAUGAAACCUCUGCAGAUGUUACGGACUAUUCAACAAUCGGUUUAUCAGUUGGUGUACCAGUGGCUAUUGUUGCAGUUAUCUGCAUUCUGGUAAUCGUUGUUUUUAUCCGACGAAGAUAUGUUCGUGAGAGUUCGGAUAGGAAGUUCCAAAACUUCAUGGAAAAAGACAAAAAUGAAACAGAUUCGCCGUAUGCUCUAUCUGUGGAAGGGGUAUAUGACAAGACAAAUGAAAGAAGGCAUGUUGUUAACGACACAGAUGUUUAUAGCCGUACUGUCGAUACCGUGUAUGAUUCUGCUGAACAACAAACCAGACCAAAUAGGAAAGAGGAGACUUACGAUCAUGUUUUCGGUCAGAAAACUGAUAAUGAUAACGACCAAACAACAAAAAUAUGA